ACAAUUUAUAGUCGAGCAGACAGCGAUUGCCUGGGCAUUCUGGUACCUACUGAUAGAAGUGGGAUCAGUCUUUUAAUUUACGGAAGGCAAACAGCAAAGACUAUUCCUCAGACACAGAAUGGAUUGCCAGGAUGGUGAUGGCAAAUUCUCCUGCAGACCUUUUUUCAACGAAAAUGAUGACGAUAUAGAUAUUGAUGAAUGGACAAUUCCCGACGAGGAUCUGAUUCAGAAGAUGGUGAAGCAGAUAGAGUACUAUCUAUCCGAUGAGAAUCUUGCCAAAGAUGCUUUCCUCUUGAAACACGUCAGGAGGAACAAGAUGGGCUAUGUGAACAUCAAGUUGCUGACAUCCUUCAAAAAGAUGAAACAGCUUACCAAAGACUGGCGUUCCACAGCUUAUGCCCUGCGCCAUUCCACCAAACUGGAAGUCAACGAGGAAGGAAACAAAGUCCGACGAUUAGAGCCAGUGCCAGACGCAGUUCUCUCCCAAGUGCCCAGUAAAGUUCUGCUGGUCUGGAACGUUUCUGAACUGAGUGUGCGUGUACCAGCAAACGCUGAUCAAAUAAAUGGUUCAGACCCCCGUCCUCGUAGCACCAUAGAAAUAGCCAUCAGUCUUUUAGAACCCUUUGGAUCCAUUAGCACUGUGCGGGUAAACAGACCAGGGAGAGAACUUCCAGCUGAGGUCCAGAGAUACAGCUACAGGUACCCUGAGUUAUCCACAGAGGAGAGUGUUGUGGUGGAGUAUGAAGAGCUGGAGGGGGCAGGUAAAGCUUACCAUGAGCUGACUCAGCCUGACACCUCUGUGAAGGUGGUCCUGGUGGGCAGAAGCUCCAAGAAGAAGAAGAUGAGUCAGGACGGGUCAUCCGUGGGCUCACUGGAGGAGAGGACCUCAGGUAAGGGGAUGGCCAUCCUCAACCGGCGCAUGGAGCAACUCCAGUCACGUGCUGAGGACUCCUCAGCCUACAGCUCCUCUGAGUCAGAAUUUGCCUCCUCGUCCCCUCUCCACGUGCCCCGCUUCUUCAGUGGCCAGGUGGUGGGGGGAUUCGGUAGCAGCCCCUGGGGCAGCCCUCGCUCCAGCCCUAGGGUCCUCCACGCACCCCUACCAGGGCCCAGGGUCUCCCCACUCCUCUUCUCGGAAAUGUGGGGCAGCCCAGACACAAGCCCCGAGCUGGGCAGACGAAGGAUCCAAGAUCAGUCCUCUGACAACCCAGCCUGCACCCCCACAGGCAGUCCGUGGGUGCAGCGACGCAAGCUGGCAGUCAUACAGACCCCUAACUCAUCCUUUGUAGAGGACAGUGUCAGGCAGAAUUGGGGUGUCGCAGCAGCUAAAAGGGCGUUGAACGGGGACUCGUAUGUUCCCCAUGGUGUUCUGCGGUUCCCCCAUGGUCCAGACGGUACCCGUGGGUUCCACCUCACUGUGGCUAGAAGAAGAUUUCAUCACCCUCUCAAAAUAUGAAUGAACUGAUUUGAUGAAUUUUAAGUGUGGUGAGUUAACAUGCUGUCAUGGUAUUUAUUAUCAACACAGUAUAAAACUAAAUAAUUUAUUCUAUUUAUGAUGUUAUACAUUGUAUGUUGUCUGUACAACACUCUGUUAGAAUGUAUGUAAUUAGAAUGUAUGGACUGUAUGUAUACUAGUCAUACACAAUAAAAGAAUAUAUUUGGGUA